UAAUGCGAGCCGGUCAUGUAGUAGCAACAUCAUUCAUUUAUAACGCGGUAUGACGGAGCUCUGACAUAAUUUUGUUGUUUGUGAAUUUGUGAUUCGUUUAUUAACUUUGUUUUUUUAUAAUUUACUUAAAGUCUCAAAAAUGGAUUCAAGAUUUAUUGAUGAUCAGGAUGAAUUAAUUAAUCCAACUCGUCCUAGAUUAAGAUAUAUUGACCAUCACAUCCGUCCCAAUUGUUUCAAUUUGAGUAAACGUUAUACCUUAGCAAUUCUAGCUCAUAUUGGAUUUUUAAUUAUAUUUGCAAUGCGAAGUAAUGUUUGCUUCUUUAAUUUGGAAGUACUUCAAAAACUUUAUCCAAAUGAUACACACACUGGUAAAAUGUAUGAAAUACAAGGACAAAUGGAAGUGUGGUUUAGUAUAGCUUAUCUUUUGGUACAAAUUCCUGCUGCAAUUCUCAGUUAUAAAUACCCAUCACAGCGAGUUUUUGGAAUUUGUAUAUUAGCUAGCUCAAUUACAGCAAUUAUGGAAUCAUUUUCUCUAAAUUGGGUGUCUUUUGAAUUUGGUUAUGCUGCAUUCUUUCAAGGAUUAGCACAGAGUGCAAGUAUUCCUGCAGUUUUUGGUAUACUGUAUGAGUGGGCGCCACCUUCUGAGCGGGCAACAUUGACGACCAUAGCAUAUUCUGGUACAUUUUCGGGUGUUCUUUUUGGAGUAGUUUUCUCAAGUUUGGUAUGUGGUGACUUUGAAGAGGAACAUUUGUUGGCGUUAUAUGGUACUGCUGGUAUUAUUUGGUAUUUGGCAUGGAUAUGGUUGGUAUUUGAACGACCAGAAGAUCAUCCAACAAUUGCAGAUUCGGAAUUUGAAUAUUUAAAACGACAUAUAGAAGUACCUAAAACCAAACCACCAAUUCAAUGGCGAAAAAUAUUUACAUCGAUGCCAUGUUGGGCAAUUUUUGUGGUGUACCUAUGUAGAUCAUCCAACUCAUAUUACUUGUUCCAAGCCGAUUAUUUACAAUAUAUUUAUUACGAUAAUAAACCAUUGUCAGUUGAAUUGCCAAGUUUGGUAAUGACUAUUGUGAUACCAGCCAGUGGACUUUUAGCCGAUCGGAUCAGCCAAAGAACAUCCUUAUCUAUCACAGAAAUUCGAAAAUAUUAUAUUUGUGGAGGAUUAUUUUUCGAAAUUAUUGCCUUUAUACCUGGUUUGUUCCUGACAGAAGAUUCAUGGCCAUACAUAGUAGACAAUAAAGUUCUAGAUUUGAUCUGCUAUAGUUUUACAAUGUCUGGCUAUUUCGUAAAUCAUUUGGAUAUUGCACCGAUAUAUGCGUGUGUAACAAUGGCUAUUUCCAAUUUACUUGGAUUCUUUUUAGGAAUUUACUUGAUGGGAUACAGUGGUUAUCGUAAGCCCUAUGGAAAUACAACAUACUUGUAUUUCAUGUCAGCAAUUCAUUUAUUUGGUAUUGUUUUUUAUGGAAUAUGGGGAUCUGGUGAAGUACAACCGUGGGCAAAAGCAAACGAUAAUGAGAAUGAAGGAAAUUCAACAUCAAACAGGCAUAAUGGUAUAGAAAAUCCUAUAUAAGGAAAAUAAUUGGUUUUCUAGACAAUCGUGCGUUUCACUUUAAGUUGUUUUACACUUUUUACGAAUUUAGAAUAGGUAAUUUUAAAAAAAUUAUCAGCUGUGAAAUUAAAACUAGUCUUACAUGAAAGUAGACAAUAAUUGAUUUAUAAUUGUAAAUAGCUUAAAAAUUUUGUGAGAAUAUAGUUUUAUUUUUAUUAAAACAUAAAUUCUAAUGUUUCGAAAUUCCCUAUUUUGUUAUUGACCUCCUC